CCAUGACCCGAACUACAGCCAUGGCCCUAACUACCACCAUGACCCUAACUGAUUACUGCCGUGACCCUAACUACCACCAUGACCCUAACUACAGCCAUGGCCCUAACUACCACCAUGAUCCUAACUACCAUCGUGACCCUAACUACCAUCGUGACCCUAACUACCACCAUGACCCUAAUUACCACCAUGACCCUAACUACCACCAUGACCCUAACUACAGCCAUGGCCCUAACUACCACCAUGACCCUAACUACCACCGUGACCCUAACUACCACCAUGACCCUAACUACAGCCGUGACCCUAACUACCUGUCAAAGGCUUUGUCUCCAAACACCAUCAUGCUGGGGGGUUAGGGCUUCAACAUAUGGAUUCUGGGGAGACACACACUCUGUCCACAGCAUUCCAGAAGUGCACGCCUUGUUCAGUUAUGCUGGCCCACAGCCAGGGAGGAACUUGGCCUCAGGAAGAAUGGGCCUCCAGGCUCCCCCACGCCUAGUUCAGACGAGACUGCCGCCACCACACUGGGAGGAGUUAAGGGUUCUGGGGCCAUUGGGAUGUAAUGACGGUAUUUUGCACGUGAGAAGGACACAGAAUAGACAUUCCCACCCCAGAAGAGAGAACUAGGAUGCCAGGCGCAGUGGCUCAUGCCUGUAAUCCCAACACUGUGGGAGACUCAGGCAA